GGCAGCGCGGGAGGGAGCGAGCGAGCCGAGCCAGGAAGGGAGAGCGCACACGCACACACCCGCGCGCACUCGCUCGCGCACAAACCCGCGCGGGGACAGCUCGGAAGUCGUCGGUUCCGUGGACGAGAUGCUGCUGCUGGCGAGAUGUCUGCUGGUGGUCCUCGUCUCCUCGCUGCUCGUGUGCUCGGGGCUGGCGUGUGGACCCGGCAGGGGAUUUGGGAAGAGACGGCACCCCAAAAAGCUGACCCCUUUAGCCUACAAGCAGUUUAUCCCCAACGUAGCGGAGAAGACCCUGGGGGCCAGCGGCAGAUACGAAGGCAAGAUCUCCAGAAACUCGGAGCGAUUUAAGGAACUCACCCCCAAUUACAACCCCGACAUCAUAUUUAAAGAUGAGGAAAACACCGGAGCGGACCGGCUGAUGACUCAGAGGUGCAAAGACAAGUUAAAUGCGUUGGCCAUCUCUGUGAUGAACCAGUGGCCUGGAGUGAAGCUACGGGUGACAGAGGGCUGGGAUGAGGAUGGCCACCACUCAGAGGAGUCGCUGCACUAUGAGGGCCGUGCAGUAGACAUCACCACCUCUGACCGAGACCGCAGCAAGUAUGGCAUGCUGGCCCGUCUGGCUGUGGAGGCUGGCUUCGACUGGGUCUACUAUGAGUCCAAAGCACAUAUCCACUGCUCCGUCAAAGCAGAGAACUCGGUGGCGGCCAAAUCGGGCGGCUGCUUCCCGGGAUCGGCCACGGUGCACCUGGAGCAAGGCGGCACCAAGCUGGUGAAGGACCUGCGUCCCGGGGACCGCGUGCUGGCGGCAGACGAUCAGGGCAGGCUGCUGUACAGCGACUUCCUCACCUUCCUGGACCGCGACGACCGCGCCAAGAAGGUCUUUUACGUGAUCGAGACUCGGGAGCCGCGGGAGCGCCUGCUGCUCACCGCCGCGCACCUGCUCUUCGUCGCGCCGCACAACGACUCGGCCGCGGAGGAGCCCGAGGCGCCGUGGGGCGCGGGGCCGCCGCCGGGGAGCGCAGCCGACCGCCGGGCGCUCUUCGCCAGCCGCGUGCGCCCGGGCCAGCGCGUGUACGUGGUGGCCGAGCGCGACGGGGACCGCCGGCUGCUGCCGGCCGCGGUGCACAGCGUGACGCUGCGUGAGGAGGCCACGGGCUCGUACGCGCCGCUCACGGCGCACGGCACCAUCCUCAUCAACCGGGUGCUGGCCUCGUGCUAUGCGGUCAUCGAGGAGCACGGCUGGGCCCACCGGGCCUUCGCGCCCUUCCGCCUGGCGCACGCGCUGCUGGCCGCGCUGUCGCCCGCGCACACGGACCGCAGCGGCGAUGGCGACGGCGAUGGCGAUGGCGGGGGCGGCGGCCGCGACCCCCCACCCGCGCCAGAUGCGGCCGAGGCGCCCGGGGCGGGGGCGGCCGCCGGCAUCCACUGGUACUCGCAGCUGCUCUACCAAAUUGGCACCUGGCUGCUGGACAGCGAGUCUCUGCACCCCCUGGGCAUGGCGGUCAAGUCCAGCUGAGGUCCAAGGGGACCCGGCAGCGGGCGCAGGAGGGGGCGGGGCGGGGAGCGGGAAGCCACGGCGAGAUAAGGCAAAAGACAGACGCACGGAAAGAAAGAGCGCACGGAAUGAGACUUUUAAUUAUAAUAAUAAUAAUUAAUAAUAAUAAUAACGUAGAACAGUCCAAAGUAGACUAUAAGGAAACAAAGACCCCGGGGAGUUUUGUUGUUGUGUUUAGUUUAUAUAUAUAUUUUUUGAACUUUUUCGUUAUUGUUUUAUUUUGGUUAUUUUCCUUCUCUCCUGGCUAUUUAUUUGUUUGGUAUGAAUAGAUGUUUUAAAUAAUAUGAACCGGACCUUCAAGAGCCUUAACUAGUUUGUGUCUUGGAUAAUUUAUUAUCAUGUGAACUGUACUCACAGGAGGAAAGAUUAUUUUGUGAGGCCAUCCAACCUGCUCAGAGUCUAUUUUUCUACAUGUCCCACGUCCUGAGUGUCAGAGCGCAAACUUCUGUACUCCCCGCUCCUCCUCUGCUACGCUCCUGCUUUCGGCAAGUGUAAACUAAACCAUGCUUCAUGGGGGUCCACAAAUUAUAUUUUUAUACACAGAAUUGUAAAUUAGAUUUUUUGAGAGAUCAAUACUUAACUGAAUGACAUUUCAUUUUUUGAAAUAGUGUAAAAUAUGAAAAUAUAUUAUUUUAAUUUAACUAG